UUGAGCGGCUGGUUAACAGGUGGAGCUUUGGGGGAACAGUGAGAGGGCUGUGUGGAGUGCUGCUGCACCCUGAGACACUUUGAGGACUGUUGCAGGAGCCAGCAGCAUGUUGAAGAUCCAGACGUGGGUGCUUCUCUUGGUUCUCUGCGCUGGGAGCUUGGAGGCCUGGUUGUGGUUCUCAGAUCCAGAACCCACCACAGAAAUCCCAACAGAGACAGCGGCAACAGGAACGACAGGUGCCACCACGACACCCAAUGGCACAAAGAAGACGGAUGAGGAGGAGGAUGACAACUUGUCCGGGGUUGGGGAAGAAAUCAUCAACAUGGCCACGGGAAUCCGUAAGUUUGUGGAGGCAUGGGACGCGACCCCAACCACCGGGACUACUAAUGGAGGCCUGACAGAGAAGGUGGAGAGCGCUAACCCUAACAAGACGGAGGAAAGUGGCAUCACCUUGCUCCAGCUGAUCGGAGACCCUCCACCAGCUGACAUCACCAGGGCCUACGGGCCGAGGGGGGAGACCGCCUAUGUCUUCACACCUGCGGCGGUGUCGGGCCAGCCAGCUCUGGUCCACGUCCCCAACCCUUUCUACCGCCACUUCUCUCUCCUCUUUCACAUCAAGCCCUCCACUCCCGCCGCCUCCGUCCUCUUCUCCAUCACUGACGGGCCGCAGAGGCUCAUGUACAUCGGUGUCAAGCUCAGUGAGGUGCAGUCCGGCCGUCAGAGGGUGCAGUUCUUCUACACCGAACCCGACUCUGAGGCUUCGUACGAGGCGGUCAGCUUUGACGUGCCAAGCAUGGUGGACACCUGGAGUCGGUUCUCGCUGUCUGUGUUUGAGGAGCAGGUUACCUUCUACCUCGGCUGCGACUCUGAGCCUCGUGUGGUGCGGUUUGAGCGCUCCCCGGACCCCAUGGAGUUUGACACGGGGGCGGGGAUCUUUGUGGGUCAGGCAGGAGGAGCCGAUGCUGACAAGUUCCAGGGGGAGAUGGCAGAGCUGAAAGUGGUGGGAGACCCUCAGGCAGCUGAGCGCCUGUGUGAUGACGAAGACGACUCCGACGCUGCCUCUGGAGACUUUGGUAGCGGUGACGGCGAGAGGAGAGAGACGGGACACACUGUGAGGACCACCCCCGCCCCCUCCCGUCCAGUACCUGAGCCCCCGCUCACAUCCUCACAGGGAACCAGAGUGAAGGAAACAGGUCCCAAUGGUGCUAAAGGUGAGAAAGGUGACAGAGGAGACAAAGGGUCAAAGGGGGACGAAGGCCCCGCAGGACCAAAGGGAGAAUCAGGGUCCAGCUUUGGCUCUGGUGUCUCCUCUCAGGGCGGAGGACGAGGAGAGAAGGGUGAAAAAGGUGCAAAGGGAAGUUCUGGCUUUGGAUACCCUGGAAAUAAAGGAGAAAGUGGUGCUCAGGGGCCUCCCGGGCCCCCUGGUCCUCCCGGCCCUGCAGCUGAGGUGGUCCGACUCGGGGAUGGCUCUGUUGUGCAGCAGGUGGCUGGACCCCCCGGACCUCCAGGAUCGCCAGGGUUGGACGGCGCCAAAGGACCUCCAGGAGCUGAUGGAGAGCCUGGUGACCCAGGAGAGGACGGAAAAGCUGGUCCAGCUGGUCCACAAGGUCCCCCAGGAAAUCCAGGAACACUUGGUGCCAAAGGCCAAAAGGGCGACCGUGGAGAGGGUCAACCAGGACCUAGAGGACCCCCAGGUCCACCGGGACCUCCCGGACCUGGCACUGGUGAUCGCCCAACGUUUGUUGACAUGGAGGGCUCCGGAUUCCCAGACCUGGACAAAAUCCGGGGUCCCCGCGGUCCUCCCGGUGUCCCAGGUCCUCCGGGCCCUCCUGGGAUCCCUGGUAAUUCAGUGGCACUGGGUCCCAAUGGUCCCAUAGCCUUUGGACCCCCUGGACCACCUGGACAAGAUGGAGUACCUGGUCUGCCAGGCCCCCCAGGUCCACCUGGUGUACCUGGUCAACCCGGAGUCAGAGGACAGAAGGGUGACUGCGCUGAGCUCGGGCUUCCAGGAGCAGCUGGAGAAAAGGGUUCUCAGGGUGACCCAGGACAGGUGGGUCAACCAGGGCAGACAGGGCUUGCAGGGCUUCCAGGUCCCAUGGGACCAGUUGGACCUCCAGGACCUCCAGGACCACCGGGACCACCUUACCGUGUUGGACAUGGUGACCAUGAUGGAUACGAGUCGAUCAAUGGCUUGCCUGGAGUCAGCGGCCCACCUGGACCACAGGGUCCUGCUGGUAUCGCAGGUCUACCUGGUAAGCCUGGUUUGCCAGGUAGCCAUGGAGACAAGGGAGCGGAGGGACCAAGAGGACCAGCUGGGAUCCCAGGCGUUGACGGAUUCCCUGGACAGUCGGGUCAAAAAGGAGACAGAGGAGAGAAGGGAGAGAUGGGUCUUCCAGGGCGAGACGGUGGACCACCUGGACCUCCAGGACCUCCCGGAACUCCAGGACAGAUCAUCUACCAGAACACAGGGGAUUAUAACGACGUAUAUUGGAGCGAAGGGUGGCAGGGGGGACCAGGUAUUCCAGGUCGGGCAGGAUUCCCGGGGCCUGUGGGACCAAAAGGAGACAAAGGAGAUUCUGGUCCUCCAGGAUAUGCACCUAAAGGACAGAAAGGAGAGCCUGGUGUCAUUAUGGGGCCUGAUGGCAGACCCAUGUACCUGGGUGGCCUGGCAGGACAGCCGGGUGAGAUGGGACCUCCCGGCCCUGUGGGACCCUCAGGUUCACAUGGCCCUGAAGGUCAGAAGGGAGAGAUCGGGCUCCCGGGCCGACCGGGUCGGCCAGGGCUGAACGGCGUCAAAGGAGAGAAGGGAGAUUCAGGCACUGGAUCCGAAUAUGGAUACCCUGGUCCCCCAGGUCCACCAGGCCCCCCUGGACCUCCUGGAGCUCCUGUUCCCAUCGACAGACUCAGAGGAUAUGACGAUUACUCCAGAUAUAACCCCGCUGUUAAAGGAGAGAAAGGUGACCGUGGACUACCAGGGAUUCCAGGUCUUGGGUCGAACUAUGACAUCUACACUUUAAAGAAUGAGUUGAAGGGUGAAGUUGGAAGUCCUGGCUUGAAAGGAGAGAAAGGAGAACCGGGAGGAGGAUAUUAUGACCCCCGCUAUGGAGGGAGUCAUGGAGCCCCAGGAGUGCCUGGGCCCCCGGGCCCUAAAGGUGACUCCAUCGUUGGACCCCCAGGCCCUCAGGGGCCACCUGGGUCACCAGGAAGAGGCUAUGAUGGGCAACCUGGACCACCAGGGCCACCUGGACCUCCAGGACCCUAUAUAACUGGAUCCCACCGGGGCACACAGACUAUCAGUAUUCCUGGGCCACCGGGACCACCUGGAGUGCCUGGACUACCUGGAUCCUCCUCUGGGGUGACAGUGCUGAGGUCUUAUGAUACCAUGACAGCCACCGCUAGAAGACAACCUGAGGGCUCUCUGGUCUACAUUUUAGACCAAACAGAUCUCUACUUACGGGUCCGAGAUGGAGUUCGACAGGUCCAGCUCGGGGGCUACAUUGCUUUGCCCAGUGGUGAUGGUAAUGAGGUUGCAGCUGUUGAGCCCCCACCAGUCAUCCCCUUCACUCCAGACCACCACUCCAACCCUGACUCCCAAAGCCCACCUGACACCGAGUCACAGCCUGACAUGCAUCAUCAUACACACGCAGACCCCCGAUACCCGUCAAACCCUGAUCCUAGAUACCCAACCCACCCGGAUCCCCGAUACCACCCGGAUCCCCGAUACCACCCUGACCCACGAUACCACCCUGACGCGCGGCAUCAGCCGGACCCACGGUACCCAGCACCAACAGAUCCAAGGUUUCCAAGUUAUGCAGACCGACUAAACCAACCAGACGGUAGGUAUUCAGUCGAUACGGCCCAGGAACACCCUACAUACCCGGCUGCUCGCUACCCAGUCACCCCUCAGCGAAGACCACCUCCUCCUGUGCCCCAGACUCCAGUCCACCAUCACACUUCAGGUCCAGGGCUCCACCUGAUCGCUCUGAACAGCCCUCAGACUGGCUCCAUGAGAGGCAUCCGCGGUGCAGACUUCCUGUGCUUCACCCAGGCUCAGGCCAUCGGGAUGAAGGGAACUUUCCGGGCUUUCCUGUCCGCCAGACUCCAGGAUCUCCACAGCGUCGUCCGCAGGGCAGACAGAGACCAUUUGCCAAUACUCAACCUGAAGGAUGAGGUUCUGUUUGACAACUGGGACGCCAUCUUCAAUGAUGGCAGAAUGAAGGAUAACGUGCCGAUCUACUCCUUUGAUGGCAAGAAUGUUCUCAGUGACGGCACAUGGCCAGAGAAGAUGAUGUGGCACGGGUCGACCAGCACCGGUCAGCAGCAUGUCGAUGGCUUCUGCGAGACGUGGCGUGUGGGCGACCGGGCGCUCAACGGCAUGGCGUCGGCGCUGCAGAGCGGCAGUCUGCUCCAGCAGAGCUCCAGCAGCUGCUCCAGCUCCUACGCCGUGCUGUGCAUCGAGAACAGCCUCGGCCACUCUAAGAGAUAGACACACACACACACACACACACACACACACACACACACACACACACCACACUGGACAAAGGAAAAUCUGAAAGCGUUCAGCCAGGCUUUUGUCCACACACACUCUUAUCUGUCUUUGCACUGUACGUGGUGCUUUGUAAAUAAGUUUUUUCUAAUUAAUAAUUAGUUUAUGUUUGUUAGCCCCUCUUAUAUGGUGCUAUACAGGAUUAUCCCACAUGUUGAACCUAAGUUAAGCUCAGGUGACCUACAGUAACACACACUCUGGCAGCCUUAAAAGGUGACUGUGUUUCAAAAGGUGCAGCUUCAUCAACACUUUUUGGUGUUUGUGACGUGUCAGCUAGUAUAUUGAAAUUAGCAUGUUUGGUGCUAGCUAGCGAAGCCAUGUUUUUAUUUCUGAUUCCUGCUUUGACCCCAGAACAGUGGAGGUGAAUUGACUUGUCUGUGGUUUUCACAGCACUGAAAAUUCAAUUUAUAGAAUUUAACAGCGACUUUCUUUUUCAGAAACAGUGUCCUGAUUAAUUUGGAUAAUUGACAGGGUUCAUAGGGACUAUUUGUCUGGUAGAAAGUAGUUCCAAACCCAUCAACAGUGUGGUGGAUCGAUUAUCCAAAAUAACAAGGACACAGCUCUUAUUUAUAACCAAAACAUUCAAAUCAUGAACUAAGCUUCAGUGUUUCUGAAAAAUAAAUACCUAGGAGCUUUUUAAAAAGGUUUAACAAGACUAAUCUAAUUUGAAGGUAUUUCUGGACUCCUCAAAGACUCUUCUCACCAUCUGGAUGAAAUAAUGUUCAGUUUGAUGCACAAUAAAAAGGAUUUUUAACCUAUUUCCCACUCCUUUCAAAUCAAAGAUGAAACUAAACAAAGAUGGCAGCCUGAAAUUACAAAAGUAACUAGUUUUAUUAUCAGUUAUAUUUGUCUCAACUGAUUUCUACAUUUUCAGACAGAAAAACACACAUUUUUGUAUUGAUCAAAAAGAGCAAAGCUUCCUAGAUGGAACAAGCAAAGGAGUCUUUGAGGAUUUUGGACAUUUUCUUUUCUAAACGACCUUCUGGGUGUCUUAAAGGUCUCCGGGUGUUUAUUUUUAAGAAAGGUUUAUACUAUGAGUGUAAUAUAAUGGUAAUAUCUCAGAGAGGGGAUACACCACUGAAUGAUGUCUUAACUACACAUACACAUUUCAUGUUUACUGCCUGCAUUUAACCAAAAAACUGUGUCAUGAAAAUAUUAACAUGCGAAAUUUACAGCUCAAGUACCUGAAAAUCAGUGUUAAAAAUCAUUUCAGCAAGGUUUCCUGUGGCUUAAAUAUGACAUUUACUUUGAUAUUCAGUAUUUGCUGCAGGGGAUUAUGGAGCGAUUGUUUAUCUCUUCAAACAGUGCAGUCAUCAACACAUUUCAGCGUCCAACAGUGAGAUAAACAUUGUAUAUGAAAUGUAUGUUGUUGUUCUUAACUUCUUUUCUCUGUAACCCACAGCACUUGAGUAAUAACCGUUUCAUUUGUUUUACAUGGGAAGAUAUUUUUAGCAAUAACAAAGGGAUAUUUAUUUUUUAUAAACUGUGCUCUUUUCUAGUUCAACUACAAUGUGUGAUGUGAAUGCUCUCACAGAGGAUAAUAACAUUUCCAAAUAUAUCCAGAAAAUGUGCAAAAACAAACAAAGAUGUUGAAUAUGUGUUGUUGUGAUCCUGAAAAAAAAUCAGGGAGAAGUUUCCCACUGAUAUAAAGUUUGUGCACAUAGUAAGCAAACAAAUAAAAUUAAUGUACAGAUAUCCGGAAAAGGAUUCAGCCAUAAAUGUUUAUGCACUGUAGCUUGUUAAUUAUUUAGCUUCUUAUAUGAGAGCAGUACAGUAAAUGCACUGCAGCUAGCUCCUUGGCGUCUCCACUUCGUCAGUUUCUGGAGGCUAGAAAGAUAUUUUCAUGUACUAACAGAGUCAUAACUAAUACAGUAAGAUGUGUAUUAACCCCUGCAGAUUGUAAUCUGUCUCCAUUUUGUUAUGUGAGCAACAUUUCUCAAAUGCUGCAGCUCAUUGAAUAAAUCUGU